AGUCGUAUUGAAAGUUUGAAAAUAUGAAUUCCCGCCAAAAGUGACAGAAGACGUUAGUUAAGUCGUUCUAUUAAUAAAUCAAUUUGAAUAAUCUGUAAAAAGAAAUAUUUCAUAUUGUUCGGUAUAAUUUUCUUAUCUUUAAUUUACGAAUAGAAAUGAACAGCUGUGAGAACUUAUUAUUAUCUUUUCGUAAGUGCAUAAUUUUAGCGAUCAGCUGCUCGAUAAUGUGUGGCAACAGUGUUUGGGCGAUGUCGUUGGUAUUGUUCAGUAUUGUUGACUUCAAGAUGGCUGCGGAUUACUGUGGGAGAUAUUCUAAGAAAUCGUAAUUCUCCCUAAAGGAAUUUUCUUAUUUUAUAUAUAAAUAUAUAUAAUUCAACAAAUCUUGUGUUAUACGACCUUAAAAACUUCGAUGACAAUUGCACCGACGUUUAAUAGCGUCGUUCGAUUUAGAAUACUGUAGAAAAAAAAAAAAGAUAAAAAAAAACAAGAAAAGAAUAUGAAAAUCAUGCCAUCUGACAUUAGCUGACUUAUGGAAGAACCUCCAAUGUCAGCAAGGAGGAUGAUUUUUAAAGUUUUAUGGCGUUAUCGCCUUUAACCGAGUAAUACUCAAAUGUCAAUAUGAACCCAUCGAUGAACCGAAAACGCAGUUCGUCUGUAAGUUUUACAAGAGGAAAAGAUAACAGCGAUGAUGAUGUUGGAGAUGAAAUACACAUAUCUUUGGCACCGUACAUACAAACAUAUUUGGCACAUAGCGGACAAGGACUUGGAUGUUGUGGGAUUAGUUUACCGGUGCCAUUUGAACGUGCUGCCACGCAUUCUUGGUGGAAUCCAAAAUUUGAUUCUGAAAUUUUAGAAGAUCAAUUUAAAAGAAGUGCCUUUCCACAGAUUAGACUUAGAUUCCGAUAUGCUCUUACAUAUAUCCUGUUGGUAUCUGUGUUUUGGCUGACAUAUUUUGUAAUCACUGGAAUAGAGAAUAAUACUUCAACAUGGCCAGCUAUAGCAGCCAUUUUCAGUAUUGUUGGAACCAUGGUAUCCGCUGUAUUAUAUUUAACUCAUACGGAACAUUACAAGUCCUACGUGUUAACAACUUCAGUAGGAGUUGCAUCAGUGCUGUGCUUUCUUUCUUUACUAUUUCUUGCGGUAGUACCGCCUCACGUAGAUGGCUUAACACUAGUAGGACAUUUUGCACUAUGUUCAGAAAUCUUGUUACUGAUUUAUACGGUACUACCAAUGCCCCUUUACGCUUGUAUAGGAAUAUCUACUAUUUACUCGAUAAUAUUUGAAUUUUUAACCGCCUAUCUUUAUGGCUCGAAAAAUAGAAGACAAAGGAUAUUUGACGAUCAACAAUUUUUUAAUCAUUCUACAGUAAGAAAUAUUUCUGAAGAUCACAACAGAACAUCGGUUCCUAUCUAUUCUUCACAAGAACAUCAUAGUUUACUCAAUGGUCUCCAAAGUAUAAUGUCUAAUGUUAGCAAUGCAUUGAAAACUGGCACAGAAAUGAUGUCUAAUUUCAAUACUUCUAAUUCAAUAUCUAAUCUUAGUUCGAAAUUGUUGAAUGAAGAAAAUCUAUCUAAAAAUAUAGUAACUAAACUAAAUUCUAGUAUUCCAUUUGCUAUGGCAAAUGUUGGUUCUACUAUCAACUCAACGGCCAACAAUAUAAAUAUUAUUAAUAGUUUUAGUAAAAUGAAUGCUUCUUCUACAGAAGACAAUUUAGUUCAUAAUGUUGUUGAAUCUAUUAACAAUUGGACUAAUACAUCUGAUACUUAUUCGCAAGAUGAUAUUGAUUUUACAACGAAUCUCAGUAUAAGAAUUUUAAUGCAAAUAUGUAUUCAUUUAAUCGGCGUACAUAUCUUGAUAAUGACAUUUGUACGUAUGCGUGGUACUUUUAUGAAAGUUGGUCAAUCAUUGCUCGUACGACGUCAAUUAGAAAUGGAAAGACAACUUAAAGAAAAAAUGAUACAUUCUGUAAUGCCGCCAAAAGUAGCUGAUUGGUUAAUGGAAGAAAGUGGUAGAGAAAGGGAACGUGAAGAUUCUCUUAAAAAAGGUUCUAUACCUUCUAAUCAAACGGAUAUUAGAUCUUUAUUUCGACCAUUUAAUAUGCACUCUAUGGAAAACGUUAGCAUAUUAUUUGCCGAUAUUGUUGGUUUUACUAAAAUGAGCUCGAAUAAGACUGCAGAGGAAUUAGUUGGCAUUCUUAAUGAUUUAUUUGAACGAUUUGAUGAUUUAUGUGAGCAUCAUGGAUGUGAAAAAAUUUCUACAUUGGGUGAUUGUUAUUAUUGUGUCAGUGGUUGUCCUGAACCAAGACCCGAUCAUGCAAAAUGUUGCAUCGAAAUGGGAUUAGCUAUGAUAGAAGCUAUAAAACAAUUUGAUAUAGAAAGAAGAGAAGGUGUAAAUAUGAGAGUUGGAGUUCACACGGGAACCGUUUUAUGUGGAAUCGUUGGCACUAAAAGAUUUAAAUUUGAUGUCUGGUCAAAUGAUGUGACAUUGGCAAAUAAAUUAGAGAGUACUGGUAAACCAGGGAGGGUACAUUUGAGUGAAAAAACUUUAAAUUUUUUGAAUCAUCAAUAUAUCACAGAAGAAGGAGAGGUAGUCAACGGUAUUAAAACUUACUUUAUAAAAAGUCGUAAAUCAGAUAUUAUGAACGAAUUUGUAACAAAUAUCAUAUUACCCAAAGAUUUAUCUCCAUUAAUGCAAACUCGUCAUCGUCUUGCCUCUUGCAAUAAUCAGAACAAACCCAAACUUCAUUAUCUCCAUAUGGUAACUAAUGCAAGUAAGAUAAAAGCUAAUUCCUUGCCCAGUAUUUUGGAUUCUGAAAAUAGUAAUGACAUGGAUGAUGAGAAGGAAGAUCUUAAUAAAAGUCCAAUGUCAACUGCGAGUUAUGAAAAAAAAAGAUCGCGUAAUAAACCAUGGCGUUAUUUACAAAGACAAAGGACGAGCGAAGAAAUGACUCCUUUAGAUAUGGAAGAAGGAAAAAGUAUGAUUUUAAAACAACCAAAAAGUGAAACAUUCGAAGAUCGCAAUGGAUUCAAACGAAUUCCUUUCAAUAAUAGUGUUGAAAUGGAUCCAAAUCCUGUGCCUUCUAGUCCUUUAUUGUCUGGUCAAGAAACAAUAAGUCACGCUUCAUCGAUAUGUAGUAGAAAAGAUUCUGGUAUUAAGAGUAAUAGCAGACGUAGUAGUAUUCAACAGCAGUUGUUCCUGAUGAAUGGUAUUGCUCAAGGGGAUUUAUUAGGUCACAGAGUCAGUGGUUAUUAUACUUCUAGUUCAACUUUGAACUCUACACAUGAAAUUUCAUCAUCCGUACCACCGUACCCGUUUCCUCCAGUAGUGACUGAUACAUUUGGUGCAUGUUUUCAUAAGUUAAGAAAACAAUCUGAUUUACAAUUGAUAAGAUGCGUUCAAGACAACGUGAGUUCUCAACGAUCGUAUUUUGUGAAACCACCGUUAUCAAGCGUAACGCUAUUUUUUAAGAAUAAAGAAUUGGAAAAGGAAUACAGAGAAAAUGCACACCGAGCAAGUGAAGGUGUAACUGGCAAUCCACCGACUCUAGCUACAUCAAGAUUUAAUACUUAUUUUGAUAUAUUGAUAUCGGCCCUGGUUUACGUAGCUAUUACAAUAUCACUCUUCUUACUUUGCAAACCUUCAAUAUUUUCUAUUGUAUUUUGCGUAUUUGCCACGGCUGUUCAAAUUCUAGCCGUUUUACUUUGCAUUAGACAACUUUUUAAACCAAAUACCACUCACGCAACUUUAACUCAAAAAAUAUUCGAUUUUUUUUCUCGAUGGUAUCCCUGGCACGUUUGCGGUGCUAUAUUAGUUGGUUUACCAAUUGUUUCAAUUUUGUUAAACUUCACUUGCAAUAGUUUACGUACAUUGAAUAACUUUGAAUAUUAUUACAGUUAUUUGAUCUUCAUUGGAUUGGUACACUUUUGUAAUUUUACACAAUUGAAUUGUUGGAUGAAAAAUUUACUAGUCACCUUUGCUGGUGCUUUAUUUAUUUGUCUGGUUGUUAGUCAUAUAUCGUAUAAUCAAGAUAUGACAAUACCAAGUGAUUACGAUAUCAGAAAUAAUACGCAAGUACGAUCAGCAAUGCGUCCAAAUUUAAUCAACGCCAUUUUAAUUGAACAAAAUAAUUAUCCUAUAGAUGAAAAUUUAAUUAUUCCACGAAAAGAAUUUCGUAAUAUUGUAGAAGCGUCAACACAAUCUUCACAGAAAAUAAUCAAUCAAUCACGCAAACCCAUGAUGGAAGAAACUAUUAUAAUAACCGAAAGGGAAAAUGAAUUAAGGUACAACGAAAGAUUGUACCAUUCUGAGAUUUAUCUUGAUAUGAUACUCUUACUUCUAUUAGUUUGGUUUUUGAAUCGCGAAUUUGAGAUUAGCUAUCGAUUGAGUUUCCAUGGAAAUUUUGUAGCGGCCAGAGAUAAGACGCGUGUACAAUCGAUGAAAAAUCAAGCUGAUUUACUUUUACAUAAUAUUAUACCCAAAUAUGUAGCCGAUCAAUUGAAAACCACUGCUAAAUAUUCGCAAAAUCAUAAAUCCGUCGGGAUUAUUUUUGCCAGUAUUGUUAAUUUCAACGAAUUAUAUGACGAAUCUUAUUUGGGUGGUAAAGAGUAUCUACGAGUACUUAACGAAUUGAUUGGUGAUUUUGAUGAAUUACUCGAGAAAGCGGAAUUUUCAAAUGUUGAAAAAAUCAAGACGAUUGGUAGUACAUUUAUGGCAGCUAGCGGUUUAAAUCCACAAGUUAGACAACAAAGUGACCAUGAAUAUACUCAUCUUUUUCAAUUAAUUGAUUUUGCAAUGGCUAUGCACAAAGUCAUUUAUGAUUUUAACAGAGACUUGUUGGAAUUUAAAUUGAUCUUAAGAAUUGGUUUUAAUUAUGGCGACGUUACGGCUGGUGUAAUAGGUGCGACAAAAUUGUAUUAUGAUAUUUGGGGUGAUGCUGUAAAUAUUGCAUCAAGAAUGGAUUCAACUGGGGUCGCGGGUAGAAUACAAAUGGCUAGUAAUUGUAUUGGUGUACUCUCAGAUAAAUACGAGUUCGAACCACGCGGUCAAGUAUAUGUAAAAGGAAAAGACAAUAUGGAUGUAUUUUUACUCAAAGGAAAAAAGGAAAAUACUACAAAUGUUAAUGGUACUUGAAUUAUACAGAGUGCCAAUUAAUACAUCAAUGAUCUGACUAUGUUAUAUGGCAUGAGAUGAAAUUCGAGGUUGUGCAGUUUUAAUAUAUAUAUAAAUUGAUUUGGAUGAAAAAUGUCAAUAUACAGGGUGUACCAAAAUAUAUAUGGGCAUAACUAAAGUGAUAGUAGUGAUCAAUAUGCUAAAAUAAGCACAAGUUAGUGUUUUUCUUAUUUUAGCUUACUGAAACCACCACUCCUGUAAAGUUAUGAAAACCUUGUAUGUGGUAUGUGUGUGGACUUAAGAAUGAAUAAAA